AUGGAGGCUCAGAAGCUACCUGGCCUAGACGCCUCGGGCCUCCAGCACGGUGCCAGGGGCUCCCGGGCCCCCACCCUAUCCAGCCCUCUCCCCAAGCAGCCAGGGCUACUGGGCAGGCGCUUGGCAGGGUCCUCCCUCUGCCUCCUCCCUCGGCUCCUUCCUCCUUCCUGCAGGGACCUGCCCGGGCUGGGAACAGUGCGUACCCGGAUCCGAUCCGGAUGCUGGCUCGGCUCCUGCCAGGAGCACGCGGGGGCAGAGCUGGAGGGGGCCGAUGCCUGGGUCUGUAGCCACCAGCCCCAGGCCCGAGUUGCCAGCUCCGGUAGCACCAUAGCUGGGGCUCCCUCAGAAGCACUGGUGGUGAAAGCACUCCAGUCAGGCCCCGCCCAGAGCAGGCCUCCCGCCUCCUGA